CCAAAACUGCAAUCAAGCAUCCGAAUUCGUUAUUAGCUAUUAUUCAAUGUCAAAACCUUUAUUUGAAAAAUGUUCUUCAAAGUAAUAAUCAAGAAUUGCACACUUAUUUAUUAUCAAAGACAGCGUGAAUUGUCAAAACUGAGCAAAUAUGGUACCAUAUUCACAGCCGGCUUCUCUUUAUUCUCCUCAAAACCAUCUAUUGACACCAGCUCCUUCAUGGCAGAACCGGUGAGUUCAGUGGAACACCUUGCAAACAACGAGGAUGAUAUGAAAACGAAGGUUGAACUCAUGAUUCUCCGGGUCCAAGCAGAAUUCUGCAGAGCCCUUGAAAAGGAAGAGGAAUCAGGUAUUAAGUUCGUAGUAGACAAAUGGCAGAGAAAAGAGGGUGGUGGAGGCAUAACUUGUAUAAUGCAAGAUGGGAAGGUGUUUGAGAAAGCAGGAGUUAAUAUUUCGGUUAUUUCUGGCAUGUUGCCACAAGCUGCCAUUGCUCGAAUGAGGUCUCAAGGCAAGAAGUUGAGUGAUGGAGAGUUGCCAUUUUUUGCAGCAGGUGUUAGCUCAGUUAUACAUCCUAGAAAUCCAUUGGUGCCAACGAUUCAUUUCAAUUAUCGUUAUUUUGAGGUCAGGGAUGGGGAUACUGUGCACUGGUGGUUUGGUGGUGGUACCGAUUUAACCCCAUAUUAUUUAAAUGCAGCUGAUGCUGUUCAUUUUCACACGGUACUUAAAGAAACAUUAGAUAAACAUGACAAACAGUAUUACCCUAAGUUCAAGAAAUGGUGCGACGAAUAUUUUUACAUACCACAUAGGUACGAAACUAGAGGAAUUGGAGGAAUUUUCUUUGAUGAUCUGGAUACUCCAAAUCAAGAAAAAUGUUUUAAAUUCGUAUCAGACUGUGCUGAUGCUGUGAAAUAUUCAUAUAUUCCUUUAGUGCAGAGACACAAAGAUGCUAGUUACAGUAAGCAAGAAAGAGAUUGGCAACUUUUAAGAAGAGGACGUUAUGUUGAAUUUAACCUUAUUUAUGAUAGAGGAACAAAGUUUGGAUUGCUUACUCCAGGAGCAAGAUAUGAAAGUAUUUUGAUGUCUCUACCUUUAAAAGCAAAAUGGGAAUACAUGCACCAACCAGGUCCAGAGACUCCUGAAGGGGAGUUGCUGGAAAUUUUAAGAAAUCCAAGGGAAUGGGCAGUGAAUCCGUAGAUAGAAAUGUUUUUCUUUUUUUUUUUGUUAUUAGGUGAAAUAUUUUUAAUAAAACAAAGAAUAAAAUACUAAAAGCCA